AGAGUGCAAGUCAAAAGCGUGUUAAGGUAGAGUUUUGAGCAAAUCCUAAUCUCACUAAAUUAGAGUGUGCUAGUUAAAUUAAAGAGUUGGUAAAUAUUUUUAAAAAAUUAAGUACACCUUUAGAGUUUCUAUAAAACAAAAUCUUUAUCUUAUUAUGUGCAUGUAAAAAUCUCAAAAAAAAAAAUGUUAGAGAAUUCAAUUUACAUGGAUAUUUUCUCAUACUCUCUUCCAUGUAUUUUCCUAAUAUUAUUACUCUACAAAUUAUUUAUGAAAAAAUCCUCAAAAAUCCAUAAUUUACCACCAUCUCCACCAAAAUUACCAAUAUUAGGGCAUCUUCAUAAAAUGGGUUUACACCCACAUCAUGCCCUAAAAUCUUUAUCCAAUAUAUAUGGAGAUAUUAUGUUGAUGUAUAUGGGUAAUAAACCUACUCUUAUAGUCUCAUCAUCAAAGGUAACAAAAGAAAUUAUGAAAACCCAUGAUGCUAUAAUUUCUAAUAGAUUUCAAUUUAGUAUAAAUAAAAAAUUAUUUUAUAAUUGCAUGGAUGUUGUUGCUUCUCCUUAUGGAGAAUAUUGGAGACAAAUGAAGAGUAUAUUUGUUCUUCAUUUAUUAAGUACUAAACAAGUUAAAUCUUUUAGGGGUAUAAGAGAAGAAGAAACUAAUUUACUUAUUAAAAAAAUUGAAAAAAAUAUUGGGUUAAGUGUUAAUUUAAGUGAUUUAUUUAUGGUAUUAACAAAUGAUCUAAUAUGUAGGGUUGCUUUUGGAAAAAAAUAUAGUGAAAAAAUAAAAAAAAAUAAUGGGGUUGAUUUUAGGGUUAUUAAAGAGUUUGUAGAGCUUUUAGGGGUGUUUAAUAUUGGGGAUUUUAUACCAUGGUUAGGUUGGGUUAAUAGGUUUAAUGGGUUAAAUGAAAAGUUAGAGAGGGUUGCUAACAAGUUUGAUAUGUUAAUGGAAGAGAUACUUGAAGAACAUUUAGAAAGACUUAAUGAAGGUGAUAAUUGUGAUGGGAAUGAAGAAAAGGAUUUUGUGGAUGUUUUACUAAAAGCUCAAAAGGAAAAAUCACUUGGAUUUAGUCUUCAAAGAGAGAGCAUCAAAGCCAUGAUAUUGGAUGCAUUUGCAGCAGGUACAGACACAACUUACACUGUAUUAGAAUGGGUAAUGACAGAACUCUUAAGAAAUCCAACCAUAAUGAAAAAAGUACAAAUUGAGGUAAGACGAUUCUCGGGUAACAAAGAUCACGUAACAGAAGACGAUUUAGAAGACAUGAAGUACUUAAAAGCAGUAAUCAAGGAGACUAUGCGAUUGUACCCUCCGAUUCCCUUAAUAGUCCCUCGUGAAUCAACAGAGGACGUAAAAAUAAAAGGUUAUGAAAUCCCAGCAGGAACUCUUAUUUUCAUCAAUGCAUGGGCCGUCCAAAGAGACCCAAUAGUUUGGCCAGAACCCGAAAAGUUUCAUCCUGAAAGAUUCUUAAACUCAAAAAUAGAUUUUAAAGGACAAGAUUUUGAAUUGAUUCCAUUUGGAGGAGGAAGAAGGAUAUGUCCAGCAAUAUCAUUCGUGAUAACAAAUAAUGAGCUAGUAUUAGCGAAUCUACUGCUUAAAUUUAAUUGGACAUUGCCCGAUGGAAUCAAACCCGAAACCUUAGACAUGUCUGAAAGCACCGGUCUUACUAUACAUAGAGAAACUCCUCUAUUUGCUUUUGCUACUCUAGAGAACUUAUCCAAUAGCAAAUAAAACAAUAAGAUCGGGAUUGGAUGAUGCAUAUGAAAAUGAUAUUCAACAACUACAAUGAAAACUAGCUAUUGGUUUGUUUCUAUUAGUCUUAAACUUGUUUAUACUUAGAAGUAUGUUGUUAGAAUAUUGUUGGUGUGGAUGGUUUCUUGUGUUGCUUAAUUCAGCCUUUGUUAAUAUUUGUUGUAACUUGUACGAAUUCUACAUGGUGACAUAUUUAGGAUAUGACAUGAUCUACAUGUAUGAAAUUUAGAAAUAAUCAAAUAAUUAUAUCUUAAAGUUUUGUUUUGUUACGUUUUUCA